AUGCCUUCAAAAAUUUUAACUUUAUUUACCUUAUUUAUUCUUGGAUUUGCUUGCUGCUAACAAAGUAACUCAUCUGGAUCUGUUACUGACCUUGUUAACGCUCUUACUACUUACAAUUUAUGGAAAAAAACACAUAAUGUUAAAUAUGAAGAUUCUUCUAUAGAGGCUUAUAGAAAAGCUAUCUUCCUUGAUAACCACAAUAAAAUUAUUGAACAUAAUUCUGAUCCUAGUCAUUCAUACACAUUAGGUCACAAUCACUUAUCUGAUAUGACUCAUGAAGAAUUCUCUUUAUAUUAGCUUAAUCCUGCAAGAACUGCUUCAAAAUCAUCUAAAGGAGGAAAUAACUCUGGAAACUCCAGUGGUUCAAGCAACCCAUAUGUUGACCCUCCUAUUACUACUAAAAAUGCUCCACCUAUGGAUUGGAGAAACGCAAGCGCUAUUACCCCUGUUAAAUAACAAGGUAAAUGUGGUUCUUGUUGGACAUUUGCAUCUACUGCCGUUUUAGAAUCUUUCAGUUUCAUUAAGAAUGGAGCACCUUUAACUAACUUCUCUGAAUAACAAAUCCUUGAUUGUGUUUAUGGAAGUGGUUAUUAUUCUAAUGGAUGCAAUGGUGGUUUUGGUAGUGAAGCAUUAAAUUAUGCAAUUUAAAAUGGUAUUGCUCCUUUAAGCUAAUAUCCUUAUGUAGGUAAAUAACAAGGAUGCAAGUAUAAUUCUACUAGCAAUCGUUAUUAUCCUAAAUAGGUAUCUUAUAUUAUAGCAACUCCUUACAAUAUGAUAAAAGCCUUAUGGAAGGCUCCUAUCGGAGUAGUAGUAGAUGCUACUAAAUGGUAAUUUUAUAGAUCAGGAGUCUUCAAUUCAUGUGAUAAUAACAAUGUUAAUUUGAAUCAUGAAGUCUUAUUAGUAGGAUAUGACGCUAAUCAUAACUGGAUCAUCAAAAAUUCUUGGGGUGUUGGUUGGGGCUAAUAAGGUUACAUAACUCUCGCUGCUGGUGAUUCUUGUGGUAUAGCAGAUCAACCAUAUGGUUUAUCAGCUUGA